AUGUUAUCGUUAUGGGUAAAUAUAUUUCUGAGUUGCGUGGGCGCAUAUAUUUCAUACCAUAUAAUUCUGGAAUAUAUUCCAGUUUUUGUCAAACGGCAAAUGUAUGGAAGGGAUCAGUGCAAGGUAGACAAUAUUCCUAUACCUGAACCGAUUGGCGUCAUAUCAGCAGCUGUUUAUUUAAUUGUUAUGUUUUUAUUUAUUCCAUUUCCAGUCUAUGAAUGGUCGCAGAUUGAGUCGUCAUCUAUUCCACAUCAAAAAUUUUUAAUGUUUUUAUCAGCACUAACGGCGAUUUGUUCAGCAGUUCUAUUGGGUUUUGCGGAUGAUGUUUUGGAUUUACGAUGGCGACAUAAACUUUUAUUUCCGACACUUUCAUCGCUUCCGUUGCUCCUUGUAUAUUAUGUAUCCGGAUCGUCAGCUACUAUCGUGUUGCCUUCUUUGGUUCGGGUUUUAUUUCCACUGCCCGAAUGCAUCGACAUUGGAAUUUUUUACUACGUCUAUAUGGGUAUGAUGAUAGUGUUUUGCACAAACGCAAUCAAUAUUCUGGCUGGAAUUAACGGGCUUGAAGCUGGACAAGCUUUAAUAAUAGCGGCUUCCGUUGUUAUUUUUAAUGCGGUCGAAUUAUUUCGACUGGACCCAUCACUUUCAUGGUAUCAUUCACUUUCUCUAUAUUUCCUACUGCCUUUUUUGGGGACGACAUCUGUUCUGCUAUAUUUCAACUGGUAUCCAGCACGAGUUUUUGCUGGUGAUACGUUUUGUUAUUGGGCCGGGAUGACUUUGGCUUCGGCUUGUAUUCUUGGUCAUUUUAGCAAAACUAUGGCACUCUUUUUGAUCCCACAGAUUUUCAAUUUUAUAUAUUCAAUUCCUCAACUUUUCCAUCUUGUCCCUUGUCCGCGUCAUCGAUUGCCGAAGUAUGAUAGCAAAACUGACACUGUCGAUAUGAGCACUGUUGAAUUCAAAGAAAAUGACCUCAAACCGUUAACCAAUGUAGUCCUUAAUUUUCUGGAUACAUUCGGCUUCUUAGACAAGAAAAUUAUUGAAAAGGAUGAUGUGAGGUGGACAGUUAUCAACAAUCUAACGCUAUUAAAUCUCGUUUUAAAAUUUACGGGUCCAAUUCACGAAAAAAAAUUAACGGAAAUACUUCUAAUACUGCAAAUUUUAUUUUCACUUUUAGCAUUUUUCUUGCGAUUCUAUGUUGCACGUCUGAUGUAUGAAAUCGUUUUGUGA